GAGUCUUAUACUUCGGAUAAGUAAAACCCAAAAGCCAAGUCGAAAUGCGUUUGAAGGCGGCCCUCGUGAUCAUGCUCUUUGGAACUGUUUCUUGCCUGCAAUUAUUGGAUGAAUGCAUGCCGAAGAAUUUCAUAGAUACACACGUAAAAGGCAGUGAGAUGAAGCUUAGAGUCUGGGUUCCAGAGAUCGGUGACGCCAGUCUUCUCACACUGAUCUCUGAGAGUGAUUGGACGAGUAUGGCAAGAAAAAUCGAGAUCUGGAAAAACGUAAUAACUGUACAGACUCAAGAUGGACAUACUGUCAGCCCAGAACACGAACUACCGAUACAAAAGAGCCUUCCUCAUGGCUGGGUAAAUUUCAUGGUUACUUCAAAUGAAAACUUCACGGUAACUGUUCCUGACGUCAACCUAACUCUCAUAGAUGUACAAGAUGUUGUUCAAGGCAAUUACAUAGUUAUCAUAGGAAGCAGUGUGACAGUUAACUGCAUGUUACCCACGAACCAGUGGGAAGUGUCCACCCACCAGAAUGCCAUUAUCCCGCUGAGCCCGAACGGGUCCCACGACUUCUCGCUGUUCUCAAGAACUCCCUACGCGCCCAUGCUGACGAUCAGUAACUUGCCUUGGCUAUUUGAUGACUUUAAGUCUGAACCCCAACUGCUGUUCCCUUUUUCGAGCUAUAAUUUCACGGUGGACUGCGCUAUCGACGAAAAACUAGGUUCAUGUUAUAUCCCGGUGAGUGAGAAGCGGUUAUUCAUUUACUGCAUCUAUCUAUUGAAUUUUGCAUAG